CGUGAAAUAAAUGCAUAGAUCAGUAUCCCACCAGCGACCGAACCACAAUAUUUGUACCAACCGCGACCCAUGGAUUUCGAGUCUCCAAUCUCCCGACACGAAAAUUACGAACGGUUUUAUGCACGAGUCAUGUCGUGCUUGCUGCGGUGGGAAGACGCGUCCACCAUUCUGGGGCAUCGUGAUCCGGGAAGGGGAUAUCCCGGUUGCGGGUAUUCGAACACAUACUUGCCGGGGUUUUUGUUUCACUGUCUUUGGCUGUUUGCUUUAGUGCAUGAAAAUCUGCAGAUCCUUCGGUCCUGCUCAUGGUGUAUGCUGCGCAGCUUCUCUGAAACCGAUGAAUGAGAUGGCCCAAAGCAGAUAGUUUGAAGGUUAUGGGGACAUGUCAAGAAGUUUCCACUACCGUUACUGGAGGGGGUGGGGGUUGCUACAAAGGCUGCGUUUAUUAUGGGCCAGCUGAAGCUGCCUUGCAGCAUUGAACCAGUAGGCCCACUACCAG